AUGGAACUGCUGCGCAAAAGCAAACGGGUGGCCGUGCUUCCCAAAGCUCAGGGACCGGAAAAGCUGAAGACUCUGCUCCGGGGUCUGACUGACCCAUUGCUGGAUGGCCUUCUUCAGGUGGCUGUAAUGCAGGAGGCUGGCGGCGGGAAGUUGUUUGUGCCGCUAGCUGCACCUCCCCGGAGAGUAAGGGCAACAGGUGGGCCACCCACUGAUCGGGAGGCCACCUCCAAACCUCUGCUGUCUUCACGAACAGGUCAAGGAAGGCCUCCGGAUCAUCGUUUGUCCCCAUCUUCAUUAGGGCCACCAGUGGGUGUCCACACUGUAAAGAAGCUGAUGGCUCUAAUAUUGCAUUCAAGACCACAGGUUGCUGGAUUCUCUGCCAGUUUUCCGCAGUUCCAGCUUAUUAUCUACUGUUUCAUCAUGCAGUCUCUAUUAAUACAAUCUUCAGAGACAAUUAACUGCUCCGAACCCACUACAGACGCUCUCUUAAGCUCCCUGAGAGCGAGUAUCUUGGGGAAAACGGAAGUGAGGCCAGUUUUAAACCUGAAAACUCCUACUAACAUCAGUGUGAGCUUCACUCUGUAUGGGAUUUUAGAUGUGGAUGAGAAAGCACAAGUAUUCAACACUUUCAUCUGGGUGUAUUUGUUUUGGAAGAUUGAAGGUUUGAGCUGGGAUCCUAAUGAAUGUGGAACAGACAGAAUUUCACUGCCAAGAAAAAAGCUGUGGAUGCCUGAUAUUGUCAUUAAUGAAUUCAUGGAUGAAAAUAGAGCCCCGGACACAUACUACCUGUAUGCCUAUUUUAAUGGCCAGGUGAUGGAUGAUAUUCCAUUUCAUGUGAUCAGUUCUUGUAAUCUGGACAUCUACACAUUUCCAUUCGAUGUUCAAAACUGCACUUUCACUUUCAAUUCGUACCAGCACACUGGUAAGGAUAUUCAAUUGUUCUUUCAAGAACCAGUGAAGGACAUACUCAAAACAUCUCUAGAUAUAAUGAAAACUAAAGGAGAAUGGGAGCUAGUCGACAUGCUUGCUGAAAAACCUGAGAUACCUCUUCAUGCUUUGAAUAACUCAAUGGAUACCCUUAUUUACUAUAUCAUCAUCAGGCGUCGGGCCACUCUGUACAUUGUGAAUCUCCUGAUUCCCAGCUGCUUCCUCAUUAGUGUAGAUCUGUUCAGCUUUCUUCUGCCACCUCAGAAUGUGGAUCGUUCUGCCUUCAAGAUGACCCUCAUCCUGGGAUACACUGUGUUCCUGCUACUAAUGAAUGAUCUGCUGCCAGCCACAGGAAACACCUUACCUCUCAUAAAUGUGUUUUUCUCUCUCUGUCUGGCACUGAUGGUGGCGAGUCUACUGGAGACAGUUGUCAUCACUAAUAUUCUCUGUGGCUCCAGUCACUAUCCGCCAUUACCUCAGUGGGUCAAGGUUCUUUUCCUCAACUAUCUCGCCAGAAUUGUUUGUUUAAUCAAGAAACACGGUGACCAAAACUGUGAAGGUGAGUCUCAAGACUAUGGUGCUGUUCAGCCGUGA